AUGGUACAAUGGUUUAUUAUUAUUCUUGUUUAUGAUUUUGCUAUUCUUAAAUUAUCAUUAGGUGAAGUGACACUUUCAUUGCGUUUACUUCAUUAUAAAAAUCGAAAUGGUUUAACAUAUGAAAAUCGUCCCUGUGAUACACGACUUGAACAUGAUAUUAAUCUAGAUGGUCGAUGUGAUACAGGAUUUCUAUUUUGUCUCGUACAGUUACCAUUUCAAAAUCCACAUAAUUGUACAUUAGGUGACCAUUUUACAGGUUUCGUUGGUGCUGAUGAUAUACACUUUAUUAAUAUUGAUCAACAUUUACAACGACGAUCAUCAGUGUCAAACUAUAAAAAAAUACAAAGAUCAUCAUUAAUUUCUGUUUGGUUUCAACCGAAAAUUAAUUUUCAGUUUAAUUAUCCAAAAACUGGUGUUGGUCUCAUUGUCGAAGUAUUUGAUAUAGAUGACGUGAAAAAUCAAACUAUUCAUGAUUCAAUUGACUUUUACGGAAGAACAUUGAAUGAUCUUAAACUUUAUCGUUCAAUUGAAGUGGCACAACCACAAACAAUCUAUCUUCGAAGUUUAUUCGGGACUUAUACAAAUUUAACGGUUGAUUUUGUGCUCUAUUGUUCUAAGAAUUAUUAUGGUGACGAUUGUGAAACAUUCUGUUCACCGAAUGAACAACGUUAUGAAUGUGAUGUGAAUACUGGAGUAAAAAUUUGUAGACAUGAAUACUUCGGUCAAGAUUGUCUUAGUGAUGUACGAGCUUGUGAAUUAAGACCUUGCCUAAAUAAUGGCACAUGUGUAGUGUAUCUUGAGAGCUAUCUAUGUCAAUGUCCAAAAGGUUUUACUGGUCGAUCGUGUGAAAUAGGUCCAGCUGUAAUAAAUAUUGAUCUUCUAUGUAAUCAAACGACAUGUGUUCAUGGUGAUUGUUCAAGGAGUGGGAAAUGUGUUUGUCAUGUGGGUUGGAUAUCACCCAACUGCAAUCGAAGUCUCAUACAAGACGAUGGCUGUACCAAUGAUCCAUGUCUGCAUAAUUCUACGUGCGAAAACUUGAUGGAUAUCAAUCCAUUAGCAGCUUAUCGAUGUCAUUGCCGACUUGGUUAUAUAGGUCGAAAUUGCGAAGUUGCCAUCGUUACAUCGUGCGAACGAACACCGUGUAUUCAUGGCCAAUGCUUAAAAAUUGAUUUAUAUACAGAACUUUGUAUUUGUGAAGAGCAUUGGAUUGGUAUCGAUUGUUCACAAGGGAUGCCUAAACUUGAAGCAACCUCGGGAUUAUCUAGCUCAAGCAAAAAGAUUCAUUUAACUACACUACUAUCAUCGACAGACAAGACAGCGAUAAAAUCAAUGAAAAACUUAACUCUUACACCAUUGACAGAUGAUUUGCGUGAAUAUGUUGAAUGGUUAGAAGAUCAUUAUACGCCAAAUAGAUCAAUAGAUUCACAUCAAUCCCUUGCGCCACCAUCGUUACUUGAUAGAAAUAAUUAUUCGCCGUGUUUAAGCGCACCAUGCCAUCAUAAUUCUACUUGCGUUAUUCGAUCUGAACAUAGUUUCCAAUGUAUUUGUUCAUCUUCAUUUAUUGGAAUCUAUUGUGAAAUAGAAACAAAUGCAUGUGAAAGUUCACCGUGUCAACAUCAGAGUAUUUGCAUAACAAAAUCAAAUCAUGAUGUUCAAUGUAUAUGUCGACCUCAUUAUACAGGCAAAUAUUGUGAAAAACCUCCGCCAUUAUUAACGUCAUCAUCGCCACCUAAUCCGCAAUGCAGUCGUAUUUGUCAAAAUGGUGGUAUUUGUUUGGUUGAUGAAUCCAAUAAAGAAUCGUGCAUAUGCAAAUCACCUUAUUAUGGUCUCUAUUGUGAAUUUACUAAAAAUAGUUGCAACGAUUCAUCAUGUAACGUUGAUCCAUGUACAUCAAAUCCAUGUCUAUCAAAUGGUACAUGCCAAUCAAUAAUGUUUUCAACAAACUACACAUGUUUAUGUCCUGAACAAUAUACAGGCGAUCGAUGUGACUUCUAUUUAAAGUCAGAUCCAACAUCUGUUGAAUCACGUGAUUCGUUAUCAAAUGUUGAUGAUGAAAUUUCGAAGAAUCCAGCCGAUCUUUGGCCAUUAGCAAUUGUAUUUGGUUAUGUAUUUUCUUUAAUGUUAGUUUUUAUUAUUAUUUGGUUUUUAUGGUAUGGAUUUACGAUUCGUCCUCAAUCAAUCUUUCAUUCUGACACUCCAUACAGCGAACGCAUUACGAAUCGUUAUCAACCAUAUCGUUUAGGUGUUAGUAACCCACUUUUUUUUAUCAAUCAAGAAUAUAAUUCAAAUCAAAUAUUAAAAAAUUUUUCAAAUUCAAGCUAUUAA